CAACACUGAGCUUCCUAUAACAGUUGGAGAAGAUACACAUGUUAGGGAUAUUCAAGAACAGAGAUCUGUACACAACACUGAGCUUCCUAUAACAAGUGGAGAAGAUACACAUGUUAGGGAUAUUCAAGAACAGAGAUCUGUACACAACACUGAGCUUCCUAUAACAGUUGGAGAAGAUACACAUGUUAGGGAUAUUCAAGAACAGAGAUCUGUACACAACACUGAGCUUCCUAUAACAGUUGGAGAAGAUACACAUGUUAGGGAUAUUCAAGAACAGAGAUCUGAACACAACACUGAGCUUCCUAUAACAAGUGGAGAAGAUACACAUGUUAGGGAUAUUCAAGAACAGAGAUCUGUACACAACACUGAGCUUCCUAUAACAGUUGGAGAAGAUACACAUGUUAGGGAUAUUCAAGAACAGAGAUCUGUACACAACACUGAGCUUCCUAUAACAGUUGGAGAAGAUACACAUGUUAGGGAUAUUCAAGAACAGAGAUCUGUACACAACACUGAGCUUCCUAUAACAAGUGGAGAAGAUACACAUGUUAGGGAUAUUCAAGAACAGAGAUCUGAACACAACACUGAGCUUCCUAAAGGGGGAAAUGUAUAUACCUUUUCUCUUGGAGAAAUGCAAAAUUUAGCCCAGCAGUGGACAAAGCAGACAGAAGAUGAAGAAUCUGAUACUCCUUCUUCUACUGUUGUUUUUAUUGAGGAACAAGAACAUGGUAUUUUUAAGUUUACAGAAAUCAAACAAAUAUCAAUGUUUAAAGGUGAAACCAAAGGACCAACAGAUGAUAAUCAUGAAGUGGUUUAUGAGGCAGAAGCUGUGAUAGAAACAGAAACUUUGGCAGAUGAUACUUUGAAUUUUCCAAAGGAUGAGAUACAGGAAAUCAUUGGACAUGAUGUCAUGGAUGUAGAUGAUGGGAAAAAAUGUAAAAAGAGAAGAUGGAAGAGAAUUAGGUACACAGAUUCUGAUAUGGAAGUUGAUCCUCCAGCUGAAGGUACAUGUAGUAUCAAAAGAACGAAAGUCAGUAAUGAGACAUGUGAGUUGGUUUAUGAUAUUGAUAACAACAGUGAUAACAACAGUGAUAACAACAGUGAUAACAACAGUGAUAACAACAGUGAUAACAACAGUGAGACAAGUGAACAAUAUCCUGUACUCCCAAAGCUGCAGUGCUCAGUUGGCAAAAUUGAGUUGAGUUCUGAGGAUUCUGAAGAUGACGACUUAAUAGAUGAAGAUAUCAUUAUAAGAGAUGUUAAACACAAGGAACUAUACAUUACGGGUGUGAAAAAAAAUGAAUUUACUAAAACGGGUAAAAUGAAGAAAACAGAGAGGGUAUAUAAUUCCCACCACCCCUGUCCAUUUUGUGGCAUAAUGCAGACUAAUUUUUCCCACCAUAUAUUGUCUACUAAACAUAUGGAAGAACAAGAAGUUAAAGAAAUUAUAAAACUAGAUCUUUCAAACAGUAGUUCUGAGGAAAAAAAGAAAAUUAUGAAAGAUAGAAAAAGAAUGAUUGAUCUGUUAAGAUUAAAAGGAUGUCAUCAACAUAACAUGAAAGUCAAUCAAAGUAAAACCGGAGAAAUCAUAUUGGCCCGUAGAAUUUUAACGUCCGGAUCUUUUGACAUUGAAAAGUAUGGAGCGUGUCCAUCAUGUCUUGGGUGGUUUUUAAUAUCAAAUUUUCAAAGGCAUCAAUCAAAUUGUCCUGGUAAUUAUAGUAGAACGAAACAAAGUAAGGCUAGUUUGAUAACCCAGUCUCAGAUAAUAUCUAGAAGAAUUUCAGAUGAGGCUAGUCCUGCUUUAGUCAGAGAGGUUUUUAGUAUAAUGACCAUAGAUGAAGUCUCAAAGGUUGCAAAAAAUGACAAACUAAUUAUAUCAUUAGGAAAUCAAUGGAUGCUGUCUAACAUGGGCAAUCGUAUAAUGAGGAAAUACUAUACAUCUUCUGUGAUGAGAUUGGCAGCCAAGCUUCUGACUUCUUUAAGAAGCAUCACAGGUUUGAAGGAACAUUCAAUGGAGCAGUUCAUAGAAGCAAAAUAUUAUGAAUAUUUUGCCAAAGCUGCAUUGAUUUGUAGUAAACAAGUUGUAAAUGAUGAAGAAGAUUUGAAUAGCCCAAGCAAUGCAAUAAAACUUGGAUAUGACAUAAAACGUAUGGCUUCUGCAAAACUUGGUGAAGCUUUAGUGGAAGGUGAUGAUCUAAAGAAAUCCCAAGCAGAAAACUUUUUAACACUAGUGAAUAUGAGUUGGAGCUUGAAAGUGACAAAACUAGCAAGAAUGGUUCUAGCAGAAAGAAAUUUUAAUAUUAUUAAGCAACUUCCUCUACCUGAAGACAUUCAAAAAAUGGUUUCUUUUAUGGUGGAAGAGCUUAAUAAAUUGGACUUGCAGGAUGUUGCAUACAAGAUAUUUAGAAAGGCUGCUGUUCUUGCUUUAGCUAGGAUUACAUUGUAUAAUAGAAGAAGAUGUCAUGAAGUUCAAGCUUUAAAUUUAUCGGAUUACAGGAGGAGAAAAAGUACCCCAGAUGAAGUGGCUUUGCAAAUGAGCCAUGAGCUCACAGAGUUUGAAAAGGAGCUUCUUAACACGCAGGAGGUGGUAAUGAUUCGAGGGAAGGGUGGCAAGGCGGUUCCGGUUAUUAUCCCCAAGGAUGCUGUAAAUGUGUUGGAAUACCUGUCAAAUGACUCUAUUAGACUCAAAGUUGGAAUACCUCCUUCGAAAUAUUUGUUUGCUAAUUCCAAUGCAGGUGUUUUUAGGGGCUAUGAUGCCAUUGGUGCUGUAAAAAAGGAAGCAGGAUUAAAGUUGCCAAACCUUGUUAAAACGUCUAACAUGAGGAAGUAUAUGGCAACAAUGAUGCAGUCAUUGGACAUAACAGAAAACCAACGUCAAUGGAUCCUAGAUCACCUAGGACAUACUAUGGAUGUCCAUAGGGUCCAUUAUAGGCAAACAAGUGAUUUAAUAGAAAGGGUUCAUGUAUCAAAACUUUUGUUAAUCCAAGACUUUGGUAUGGUGAAAGAUUUUGUUGGCAAAAAAUUGGAGGAUAUUCAACUAGAAGAUAUUGUACCGCAAAAAAAAGACAUAUCAGCAGUAAGUGAAGAUGAUGCAGAUAUAGAUACACCAAACACAGGAAUUGAUAAUAUAGCAGAGGACUUUAUUCCAGAAUUGCAUGACGAUGAAGUUGAUGCUGAUUUCAGCAUUCCAAUUCAAGAACAUAGACCUGAUAAAAAGAAAUCUAGAAAAGACAAAGUUCAACGCCAAAAAUGGUCAGAGGAUGAUGUCCAGGAACUAGAGGACCUGUUUUCAGUUAAUCUUAAAAAACUGAAAUGUCCAAAACAAGCCGAAAUUGAAAAAAAAAUUUCAAUUAGCAAAAAAAAUGGUGGUCUUAUCCACAAAAGAAAGCGUGAUAACAUCAAGAAGAAAGUCAGCAAUAUGAUUCAAAAACUCAAAACCGUUGAUAAUGGUUAAUAUUGAAAAUUAUUUUACAGGACAAAUAUAAAUAAAAGUAAAUAUUGGCUCACCUGAGGUUAAUAAACUUGUCUUUUUUAUCGCUGACAUAGGGUAGGUAAGGCUGUUUUUUUUAUUAUUUGUUGGUUGCAUAUUUUAAUAUGAAAUUUUGUAAUUUUGUCUGAGAAGGAAAUAAAAUUCCUAAGAUAUAAUUAUGAAUACAUUUACUGUUUAUUUAAACAAUAUUGUAAACCUGGAAGCAACAAGAAAAUCUCUUUGAAUAAAGCUUCAUAUUUUAGAAGGUUUUUCGAGCUGGAUAAUCCAUAUUUGGUACAUGUGAACUUGACCUCAUUUUCAUGGUUUAAUGACAAUUUAAAAAUUCUGAGUUAAAAUUGGUAAUAGGACAGCUAUUUGGUAAUAAAUUAAUUGCUUAAUAUAUGUGUCUGUCAGACUAGGUUAACCUGACCUUUACCACAUUUCAGGAAUCAGUGAUUAAGUGAGUUAAUAUGACUAGAGAGGAAUAAAACUUAGCAGGGGCCCAGUCGCCCAUGGCCCUAGAUUUUGUGCUGGGCUACUUAAAUUUUGAUAAAAUUUGGUUAAAAAUACAAACGUCAAUUAGGAACAAUUUUGUCUGUGCUACCAGCUUGAAUUUCCCAAGUUUUAUCCCUGCUAGAUCCAUUUCUCAUGUAUUUUAAGCAAUAGGUCAACUGUAGUAGGUGUAUAGAAUGAUUGUUAAGAAUACAUCUCUUAUCUGACAGGGUUGAUCUUGACAUUAACCUUAUUUUCAUGGAUAAUUGAUAAUAUUAAAUUUUCUGUUUUAC